CGCAAAUAAAAAAUGCAGAAACUAGCUUGGAUUUAGGGCAUAAUCUCUUACUGAGAGAUGACCAUAAUCAUCGUGCUUUCUAGUUUGUCUAUAAAUCAAGUUUCCUUUUCACUCAAAUUAAAGAAUACAUCACACACAACAUUGAUUAUCUUUGUUUAUCAACCUCCUUCUCUUAUGGCUUCAACAAGCUUAAUUGGAGUUUCCAUAGCCAUCAUUUGCUUUCUCAUCCUCCAUCGCUUCCUCUUCAAGAAACCUCUUUACCAGUUCCUUAUAAUUAACUGGCCGGUGUUGUGGGGAUGAUUCCGGGUCUUUUCUUGGUGCUCCACCGUAUCUACGACUUCACUGUGGAGCUUCUUGAAAGCACCGAGUUAACAUUUCCAUUCAAGGGACCGUGGUUCGCUGGAAUGGAUAUGCUGCUCACAGCUGAUCCAGCUAAUAUUUACUACCUAGUAAACUCAAACUUCUCCAAUUUUGUUAAAGGUUCCAACUUCAAAGAGAUCUUUGAUGCCUUCGAAGAUGCUUUACUCACAAAGGACUCGUUGGCAUGGAAGAAUCUGCGGAAAGCUUCUCAGGCCAUGAUCAACCAUCAAGGGUUUCAAAGAUUGUCAUUGACUACCACGAGAAGUAAAGUUAAGGACGGGCUUGUUCCACUUUUCAAUCAUAUCGCUCGGGAAGGCACAACUGUAGAUUUGCAAGAUGUGUUCUGGAGGUUCACGUUCGAUACAACUCUAGUUACAGUAACCGGGUGUGAUGAUCCUAGAUCUCUCUCCAUUGAAAUGCCAGUAAUUGAGUCCGCUAAAGCUCUGGACACUAUUGUAGAAGGAAUCGUUUAUAGGCAUGUUAAACCUAGAUUCUUGUGGAAGCUACAAAGCUGGGUCGGAGUCGGGAUAGAGAAGAAGAUGAUAGAAGCUGGUGCCAUUUUUGAUCGAGUGUGUGCGAAAUACAUAUCAGCCAGGAGAGAAGAGAUUAAAAGAUCACAAGGGAUUAAUAAUGGAGAAAGUGAACAUCUUUUGACAUCUCACAUAAAGCUUGAUACAACCAAGUACCAGCUCAUGGAUCCUAUCAAUGAUAAGUUCCUCCGAGACAAUGUCUUUGCUUUACUUCUAGCUGGGAGAGAUACCACUGCCUCUGCUCUCACUUGGUUCUUCUCGUUUUUGUCCGAAAACCCUCUAGUGGUGACUAGGAUUCGCCAAGAGAUUGACACGAUUCUACCAAGAAGUAGUAGUGGCCACGAGAGGCCAUCUUGUGAUGCAAUGGAGUACUUAAACAAGUUAGUGUAUUUACAGGCCGCAUUGUGUGAAACAAUGAGGCUUUGCCCACCGGUUCCUCUCGAGCGUUUGUCUCCUGUAGAAUCAGAUGUGCUUCCAAGUGGACAUAAAGUCGAAGCAAACUCAAAUAUUUUGGUCUUUAUUUAUGGGGUGGGUAGGAUGAGAGCUGUAUGGGGAGAAGAUGCAUCAGAAUUCAAGCCAGAGAGAUGGAUUUCCGAGACCGGAGAGUUGAGACAUGUACCUGCCUUCAAGUUCUUAGCAUUCAAUGCCGGCCCAAGAAUAUGCCUCGGUAAACAAAUAGCUAUGAUUCAAAUGAAGAUUGUGGCCGUGGAGAUAUUACAAAACUAUGACAUUAAGGUUGCCAAAGGGCAGAAGUUUGAACCAGAUACUAGUUUAAUUCUUAGAAUGAAGCAUGGGUUUAAGGUUACGAUUAACAAGAGAUGUUCAUUUUGAUAUUAGAGAAGUAAUCAAGUUUGUUUUAAGUUUUAUUUCGAAACCAUAGCCUAAGAGUAUUAAUGAGGCAAAUUAAAGUGUGAUCUACCUUGACUUUUAGCUUGUAAUAAUCCCUUAGUAUAUAUUAAUAGAGAAACACUCUAAAAAAUAAA